AUGCGGCCCAGAGACAGAUUAGAUACAAAAGUUCCCACUCGAGUGACCAUUCCUAUUCGACUGUCAGCAAACCCCAACGCACCACCCUUCGCCCACAUUCCUAUUCAGCAAAACUCUACAGCCUCCAACAGCAGCCUCCAACAGCAGGCUUCACAUUGGCCUCCGGUUGGAGACCGCAUCCAACACUCCGAAACACCCAUAUCGCACAACCACACCCCCAGCGCCGGCAUCGCCACCGGAACCAUCUCCCCGCUCGAACCGAUGUUGGAGGUUGCAACACAGGCGACACCCUUCACGUAUACCCGCUUCUCAACCGCGGUUGACCUCAUCUACUCCAUACCCUCGGCUCUGAGCGUCGCGCCGGUCAUGGCACCUAAACCGGAGCUUUAUCUCAAGGCUGUGCGACAUGAGAUGUGCCAAGAGAGGCCGUUAGGUGGUAAGGCUUGCGAUUGA